AUGGGUCUCGAGUUGGAGGGAAUCGAGACGCUGCGCGCAGAGCUGCGCGGCAGGCUGCUGCUUCCCUCGGAAGCGGCCUUCACGCAGGCCACCAGCGUCUGGUCCGUGUCGCCCAAUCACCCCGCGCGCCUCCCCGCCCCGGCACUGGUUGUCCAGCCGCGCGGCACCGCUGACGUGUCUGCCGCCGUCAAGUUUGCCGCCGCCCACGGGCUGCCGCUGGCGGGCAACCCCAGCUGGGUGGACGGCGGCCUCAUGAUUGACCUAUCCCUCAUGCGAAGGUGGCGCUGCGUUUAUGUAGAUCCAGGGGCUAAGACGGCGGUGGUGGACGGCGGCGCUCUGGCAUGCGACGUGGACGCAGAGACGGCCUUGCACGGGCUGGCCGCCCCGCUGGGCGUGUGCUGCGUGGUGGGCAUGGGGCUGGUGCUGAACGGCGGCAUCAGCCUGCUGUCGCGCGCCCAUGGGCCGGCCUGCGACAGCAUCCUGGGCGCGCAGGUGGUGCUGGCGGAUGGCUCCGUGGUGAAUGUCACCAGUGGCGGCCCCGACCCAGACCUGUUUUGGGCGCUGAGGGGCGCAGGCUCCACCCUGGGGGUUGUGACCAAGCUCACCCUGCAGCUGUAUGACGCCCCCACCUACUCGGGCGCCUUUGUGUGGAGGGACGACCCGGAGCACGCCACCUUCAAGUCUGUCCUGCGCUGGAUCCGGGCCGUGGUGCUGCCCGACCCUGCCGUCGGCUUCAACUGCGCCCGCAUGGUGCACCCGGAGCUGGGGCCUGUGCUGAUUUCGAUGCUGGUGAUUGUGGGCGACCGGCCAGUGGAGGAGAAAGAGGCUCUGGUCCAACCGCUGCGGGAGCUGGGACCCAUCCAGGCGAGCGACAGCGUGGGCAGGUCCAGCUGGCAUCAGACCCAGCUGACUCACUACGAGGCCGUGACGGGCCUGGCCCAGGCCUUCCCAGUGCACUACGAGGCCUGGAGCGGCGGCCACGUGGCGGCGGAGAAGUUCACCGACGAGUUCAUCGACGCGUAUGUGCGGUGCACCGCCGACGAGCUGCCGCUGCCCGACUGCGCGCUCACCCUGGCGGUCCUGGAGGUUAUGGGAGGGAAGCUGAGGGAGAGCCGGGCGCCCGUGGGGCUCAACGAGGCGGAUCUGCAGUGGGUGGUGCAGGCCGGGUGGGCCGACGCCGCGGCCCACGAGACGGGCAAGGCGUAUGCGCAGCGGCUGCGCUCCGUGCUGGGCCCGCUGUCCACCUCCAUGGGGCGGUAUGUCAACCUGCUGGACGUGGCGGAAGACCCCGAGAUGAGCUACGAGGAGGCCGCCACCAAGGCGGCCGGUCCCGCCAACCUGGAGCGCCUGCGCGCCGUGAAAGCCAAGUACGACCCGGCAGGCGUCUUCCGCAACACGCCAUUCAUGAAGGUGCUGGCCGUGAAGCCAUGA